AUGUGUAUUGUAACUAUCCUCGUCAGCAUUCCAAUUAUUCUUCUCGUGGUUUGGAUCGCGGUCAUUAAUCUUACUAUUGCUGGACUUGUGUUCUUUCCCAUUUCUGGUGUUUUUCUUUGGAUUACAAUCAUCAACUAUAUUGGUUAUCUUAUCUUCACUAGUGUUCUGAAGGGUCUAGAUAUGUUGAAAGCCAAUGGUAAGAAAAUAGAUUUUAAUAAUUUAAAUCUCGAUCGCUCAUAUACCCUUGAAGAAUUUGAAUUCAUCAAUGACCAACUCAAGACACGCAUUCUAGAAAUUGAUGGACAUCCAGUUAACCUUUUUGAUCUCGACAAAAACGGCAAGCUUAUCCCUAUGCCACAAUCACCUUACUCUAGAGAAAAAGUUGUUGCUGAAAUCGUUAGACAACUUAGUAAUUGGAAUAUCUGGACACGGCAAAAUGGGGGCGUUACCUCAUCACAGGGAGGAUUUGAUUUUGAUGUUGGAGGUGGUAAAACAAUCAGAGCGCCAGAUAUUGCUUAUGCACCCAAAGAAAUAGAUUGUCAAUUGGAUGCACAACAGAAUUGGAGUUUAAAGGUGAUCCUUUCACCCCUAUAUUUGUUAUCGAAGUCGGAAACAUUUCAAGUCAUUCAAAAAAUCUUGGAGAAACAAGAUCAGGAUAACACUAAUAUUUUAUUAGAAUCAGAAAAAAUAAAAAAAUUAAUCGAUUCUGAGUUCCAACAAGUAGAAUAUAUUAACAACAUAAAUGAAUAUAAGAAAAAAAUCAAUGAACUUGUAUCUCAAAAUAAAGAAUUAUUAUCUGAAAAUAAAGAAUUAUUAUCUGAAAAUAAAGCAUUAUUAUCCGAAAAUAAAGAAUUAUUAUUCGAAAAUAAAGCAUUAUUAUCUGAAAAUAAAGCAUUAUUAUCUGAAAAUAAGGAAUUAUUAUUCAAAAAUAAAGAAUUAUUAUCUGAAAAUAAAGCAUUAUUAUCUGAAAAUAAAGAAUUAUUAUCUAAAAAUAAAGAAUUAAAAGAUGAGAGAUUUGAUGAUCAAAAAAUAAGGGUUGAAUAUGUAAUUGAAAUUGCUAAAAAAGAGCAAACAAGAUCAGGAUAA